UUGUUCAUAAGAUAUUUCGAGUUGGUUGGCAGGAAAAUCCCAACCCGUCAAAAAAAAUGGCUAAUAAUAAUAUAAUGAUAGUGCAGCAGAGUACAAGGAAAUUCUACAAUAUUGCUAUUCUCGAAGCAGGGUGACCAUUCUGAUGAGCAACAAGAGCUCUACUCUUCUCAAGAUGAACCCAGUUCAUCAGCAAAUCCCUGUCUUAAUCCAUAAUGGGAGACCCAUCUGUGAGUCGAUGAUCAUAGUUCAAUAUAUUGAUGAGGUUUGGAGCCAUAAACCUUCAUUGUUGCCUUCUGAUCCUUAUCGACAUGCACAUGCCAGGUUUUGGGCUGACUACAUCGACAAGAAGAUAUAUCCUAUUGGAAGGAAUCUAUGGGCAUCUAAAGGUGAGCUCAAAGAAUCAUCGAAGGAGGACUUGUUUCAGUGCUUCAAAAUUUUGGAAGAAGAACUCGGAGACAAGCUAUAUUUCGGGGAUGAGAGCUUUGGCUAUAUAGACUUGGCACUUAUUCCAUUCUACAGCUUCUUUUACACAUUUGAGACCCUAGGAAACUGGAGCAUGGUAGCCGAGUUCUCUAAGCUCGUGGAGUGGGGGUGAGAGAUGCUUGCAAAAGGAGAGCGUGUCCAAGUCUAUAUGUGACCAGCAACAGAUUUAUGAAGCUGCGUCGCAGAUCAAACGGGAACUGGGGAUUGAAUAAAUAUAUAAUACUGCAAAAGAAGCUUGAUAUUGUGGCAUUU